UUGAUCAGUUUGUGCUCUGUUAUCACCAUGAAAGCAGUGAUUAUACUGUGUUUAUGUGCUGUUCUGGCACUGGCCAAUGGUGUGCCUGCUAACACGAGGAUAGUAGGAGGUUGGGAGGCCCUACCACGUCAAUUACCCUACAUUGUUUCCCUGCGUAUUGAAAGUGAGAAUUUCCACUUCUGCGGAGCUACCAUCAUCUCCAAGAGGACUCUGCUCACCGCCGCGCAUUGUCGCUAUGUCCGGGAACCAUUGAUGGUUGCUGUGGUGGGUACAACCACCAUUGAUGACAAGUUUGCCACACGUGUACAUGUUGAGGAGUUCAUCAUCCACCCUGAUUAUAACCCGUAUGAGUUUACUAAUGAUAUUGCUGUUGUCAUCCUGGCUGAGGAUAUUGAGUUCAAUGAAAAGGUACAGCCUAUCAAGGUGUCUACUAGCCCAGUGCCUGAUAAUGAAAAGGUGACCUCUGCUGGUUGGGGAUAUACUACGUAUAAUGGCGAGAUUUCUAAUGACCUGCAUUGGAUGAGUCAGACUGUGGUCAAUGCUGAGGAGUGUGCAGAAGCUUCACCUGGGGAGACUAUAACUGGGAAGAUUUGUGCGCUGGAUACAGAUGGAAAUGGGCAAAGUGUCUGUUUUGGGGAUACGGGUGGUCCACUGGUUGAUUCUAAUGAUGAAUUGGUGGGUGUGGUUACCAUGAAUGUCCAUUGUAAUCCCAACAAACCAGAUUUCUUCACAAAUAUUUAUCUUGCAAAGAGUUGGAUUGAAGCUAAUACGAGAUAAAUAAUAUGCGACUUGUUAUUUGAUUGUAUUAUUAUUAAAAUGGAAGUAAAAGACA